AUGGUUACUCCACGGCGGCGAGCGAUCCUCCUUCUCGGCUUCGUCUGUAUCUGGCCAUUGUUUUUGACGGUCCGGACUCUAUCGAAUAAAUGGCGGGAUCUCUCCCAGCUAGCGGGCAUGGGCGACCUGCUCUAUGCCCCUCGCCCAGCGUACCACCCGGGCGUGCCUAAGCCGCCCGGGUCGAACUAUUCCAAGAUCCUCGUCGCGCCACGGAUGACGGAGGAGGACACCUCAUGGAUUGCGAAGGAGCUUCCAGACUGGGAAUCGGCCAUCUACGUCGCCGACGACCCCACGGCCGAGCUCCACCCGCCCAUGAACAAAGGCCACGAGGUGAUGGUGUACCUGUCGUACAUCAUCGAGAACUACGACCAGUUGCCGGAUAUCAUCGCUUUUAUGCAUUCGCACCAGUUUGCCUGGCACAACGAGGAGAUCUUUGAGACCGACGCCGCUCAGAUGCUGCGGCGCCUCAACCCGGCGCGCGUCAUCCGCGAGGGGUACAUGAACCUGCGCUGCGUCUGGGCGCCCGGCUGCCCGAGCUGGAUGCACCCGGGCACCCUCAAGGAGGAUCGCACCAAGCAGGAGGAAACCAUGCUCGCCCGGUCGUGGGGGGAGAUCUUCCCGGAGGAGCCCAUUCCGGACGUGCUGGCGCAGCCCUGCUGCGCGCAGUUUGCCGUCUCGCGGGAGCGCAUUCUCUCGAUCCCGCGCUCGCGCUUUAUCUUCUGGCGCGACUGGAUGCUACGCACCGAGCUCAGCGACUACAUCUCCGGCCGUAUCUGGGAGUAUCUGUGGCAUGUCAUCUUCACGGGCGAAAACGUCGUCUGCCCCCAGGAGCACGUCUGCUACUGCGACGGCUACGGCCUCUGCUUCGGCGGCGAGGACACCUACAACACCUUCCAAAAAGCCCGCAAUGAAAAGACCAAGCUGGAGGACCAGCUCACCCAUUGGCGGGACCGCGCCCGCCUCCUCGAAUCCACCCGCGGGCGCGGCCGUCUCAGCGAAUCGAGCCGCCUGCAUGUCCCGGAUCCGGGCGUCGAUAUCGACUUCCAGAACAAGAUCGAGGAGAAGCGCCGCAUCAUCGCCGAGAUGCUCGCCGACGCUGAGGCCCGCGGCGCCAACCCAGAACUCAGAGCCGCUGAGUUGGGCAUCGCGACAGCCGGCUACGCUCCCAAUGACAACCAGUUGGCGGGCCUGGUCGAGGCCGCGACCGCGGCUGCUGGACAGGACGUCUCUGAAUGGGCCGCCGCGGCUGCUGUAGCGGCUGCAGCGGGCGCCGUGGGACACCAUCAUCAUCUGGAUGGAUAUGGCCCGGAGAUGCACAUCGAGGGCGAUGAGUUCGGAGACGAGACGUUCAGCACCGGCGCGCCAGGUGGCAGACAGAUUCGCGGUUCAGGUCCGGCCUCCGGCCCGGACCAAGUGCAGUCUUCUGGCCUGUCGAGGGCGGUGUCGCGCAAGAGGAAGAGAAACGACGAUGCUCUUGACCCUGCCUUGACUGCCCCCGGCCCCGGAAUGACUGGUCAGCAUGCAUCACAGCAGCAUCCGCAGCAUCAAAACCAACAGCAAUCCCAGCAGCAGCAUCAUCAUCAUCAUCACCACCACCACCCCCAGCAGCACGACUUCGACGGUGGCGAUCUGGACAUCCGUACCUUGCCUACUCAGCAGUCGCUGUCUGAGGCGCGUGCCGCGGGGGUGCAUUCCGCUGCCGCCUUGUUCCGCCAGCCUUCCAACAGCAAGAAGUACACCCGCCCUCCCAUGUCCAAACUCUUCUCAUCGCUCGAGUUGUCGCCCGAGAACUUCCUUCAUCUGCAGGCCGCUGCCAAGACAUACAUGCUCGACGAUAACCACCCUGAGCGGCGGGACUGCGUCGGGCAGCGCGGCAAAGGUGACUCCGAGAUGGUGAAGCUUAGGCUGUGGAAUUGUGUGCGUCAUUUUCUCGACGCCGAAGGAAACGGAGAGCGCUUCUUCGGUGAAGGUGCCAUCGGCGACGGCAUGGGGCCCAGAACCAAUAUCUGGCCGCGCGACCAGCACAGAAUCAUCUCGCUGGUGAUCCCUUUACUGCGCCGGAUGGUUACAAACGAAAGACAGCGCCAGUAUGCCAUCGAAACCCGUAAGGGAGGCGCCACCGACGAGCGCAAGAAGCAGAAGACAGAGGAUGGCCAGCAGCCCAGUGCCACCGGUGGUAGUCCCCCCUCAUAUUUCUCCAAUGACCAGCUGCAUAUGACUCCACCUCAGCAACAGGCGCAGCAGCAGCCUCAGACGCAGGGACAGACGCAGCAGCAGCAGCAGCAGCAGCAGCAGCAGCAGUCCGAACACGUCGCCGAGUCGCAGCCUCACCUGCAGUCAGAUGCGACCACCGAGCUGGGACUGACUGAUCUCUUCCUGGAAGGCUACCCGACCGAGUGGGACAAGAUCGCCGACUCGUACGUCCUUUACAACCAGGGCUCCGAGCUGGACAAUUUGUGGGCUAUUUCGGGUCUCCAGCAGCCGGAAUGGCGCGGCUUGGUUGCGGCCAUCGACAGUCACUACCAGAUUUAUCAUCAUGGAAGCUACGAAUGUCCCAAGCCUUGCGAGGAUCACAACAUUGAUCGCAUUUUGUCGGCCGACGUAUCCUCGAGCCUUCACUGGAGAAUUGGCGGGGUUCAUAACCAGGUUGUGCAGAAUGAAUUUGCUACGAGCAUCACCCGUGAUGUCUCCCGUGUCAUCCGUGACACCCUCGCAAAGCGUUCUUCCCACAGCCCUGCGCCAGGCACCUCUACCAGCCAGCUCUCACAACCGAUGAUGCACAUGCCAGCGUUUGCAGCGCCCGCGGUCCCAUCGUCCAACGCCUUCACCGGCACCGUCGCCAAUGCUGCUGCGCCUGCCGCCCCCGCUGCGCCCGAUUCCCAGAGCCAGAUCUUGCUGCGCGUCAACAUCCUCCAGCAGGGCAAACGCAUUCUGCAGCGCCUCGACCUACCCGCCGAACACUGUCCGGAUCUCAACUCCCUCCGGCAGGCCGUAACUCGCUUCUGCAUGGGCCGGCUUCCGCGCGACGCGAACCCGUCCGCCUGGAACCCGGCCUGGAAGUUCAAGGUCUGGCUCCCCGAGGGGAUCGCCCCGAUCCAGACCGACGGCGAGUGGUCCAUUGCUCUUCUGUCCGCGGGCAGCGUGGACUGGAUGGAUGGCGAUCUCAAGGUUCUCGUCGAAACGGGCCAGCCUUGA